AUGUUUUUCGCAAUAAGUAGUGCAGUAGUAAUUGCCCUAUUCUUAAUAAUUAUUUUUACAAAUUUAACAUCCGUGAAAGAGUAUAUUCGCUAUUGGAUUUUACUAAGGCGAUUACCGGAUUGUACAGGAAAACAAUUUCUUAUUGGACAUGCUGGAAAAGUCCUCGGUCUAUCACCAGUGGAAGCGUGGCUUAUCACCAGAGAAUGGUUGGGAACUUCUCCACCAAUUUAUAAAGUUUUCCUGGGCCCCACUCUUGUUAAUGUUGGCGUUUCAGGAGCUAAAGAACUUGAGGCUGUUAUUGGAAAAAUGAAGAAUUUAGAAAAAAGUUUUGCAUAUUCGUUUUUGCACAGUUGGUUAGAGCGAGGAUUAUUAACUAGCACAGGUAGUAAAUGGCAAACGAGAAGAAAGAUUUUAACGCCGGCUUUUCAUUUUUCGAUUCUCCUCGAAUUUGUGGAUAUUUUUAAUAGAGAGACGAAAAGUUUUCUCAAAGAGAUUCAAGAAAAAUAUUUGGAUAAACCUGUUGAUAUUGUACCUCUUAUAUCCAACUUUACCCUCUUGACAAUGAGUGAAACUUCAAUGGGCACUAAACUAGACCUAAAAACCGAAGAAGGUAUGAAAUACAAAAAUGCAAUAUACCAAAUAGGAUCCAUAAUAUUCCAAAGAAUCAUAACUCCAUGGUUAUGGUAUCCGAAAAUAUUCAAUCUCACUUCUCUGCGAAAAGUGGAAAAGACAUCCCUGAAAGUGUUGCAUAAUUUUACAAACAAAAUUAUUCAAAGAAGAAGUGAAAAUUUUAAAAUUUUCGACGAACAAUUCGGCGAAACGUUCACAAAAAGGAAGCAUCCUUUAUUAGAUGUUUUACUGAAUGCUAAAUUUAAAUAUAAUUCUAUUGACGAUAUAGGGAUUAGGGAAGAAGUUGAUACUUUUAUGUUUGAGGGACAUGACACUACAUCAAUUUGCUUGAAUUUUACAACCAUGCUUUUGGCUUGCCACAAAGAUAUACAGGAAAAAGUCUAUCAUGAAAUCAUAAGCUAUUUGGGAACCGAUUUAUCAAAGGAACCUUCAUACGCCGAUCUGCAACAAAUGGAUUUAUUGGAAAGAUGUAUUAAAGAAGGUCUUCGUCUUUACCCACCAGUUCCAUUAAUAGGCAGAACAACCAGUGAAGAAAUACCUACCGAUUACGGGAUAAUACCCAAAGAGACUCAAGUAUUUACGUAUUUGUACGAUCUUCAUCGAAAUCCAAAAUAUUGGUCGGAUCCAGAUAAAUUUGAUCCAUCUAGACACUUACCAGAAAAUUGCCGUGACAGACAUCCAUUUGCUUUUGUUCCUUUUAGUGCUGGACCCAGAAAUUGUAUAGGACAACGCUUUGCCAUGUUGGAAAUUAAAUCAUUUUUCUCAGGUCUACUGAGAAAAUUUGUAUUGGAACCAGUGGAUACACCUGAAACAAUCCAGUUGAUACAAGAUAUGAUAUUAAGGCCAGCCAAUGGAAUUAAAGUUAAAUUUAUAUUGAGGAAUAAAUAA